GGUGGCCUUUUCGACGCGCGGCCCUCUUCUUCUGCGGGCUGCUGCUUCUGGCGAGACUCCCUUUGAAGGAAGCGACCAGCAGGUGAACUCUCCGGCAGGGUGGGAGAGCGAAAGCGAUGGGUGGGGAGUCCAGGAAAUGGCUGGUGCUCGUGGCGACGGUGUGGAUUCAGGCGUUCACCGGCACCAACUUCGACUUCUCCGCCUACUCGUCGGAGCUGAAGUCGGUGCUGGGAGUGUCCCAGUUCCUGCUCAACUACCUGGCCGUGGCCUCCGACCUCGGCAAGGCCUUCGGCUGGUCCUCCGGCCUUGCCCUCCUUUACAUGCCCGCCUGGGCCGCCCUCUUCAUCGCCGCCACGCUCGGACUCGCCGGCUACGGCGUGCAGUGGCUCCUCAUCCAGCGCCUCAUUGCUCUCCCCUACCCACUGGUGUUCCUGAUGUGCCUGCUGGCUGGGCUGAGCAUCUGCUGGUUCAACACCGUCUGCUUCGUUGCCUGCAUCCGCUGCUUUCCGACCAACCGUUCCUUGGCCCUCGCCCUCACCGUCAGCUUCAACGGCCUGAGCCCCGCCCUCUACGACCUCGCCGCCCACUCCUUCUCCGUCUCCACCGCCGCCCUCCCUCCCCUCUACCUCCUCCUCAACGCCCUCCUCCCCCUCGCGGUCUCCCUAGCCACCGCCCUCCCCAUCGCCCGCCACUCCGCCCCCCCGGCCAGCUUUUCCACCAUCGCCGACUCCCUCGUUUUCCUUGCCCUCAACCUCCUCGCCGUCCUCGUCGGCGUCUACCUCGUCCUCGCCGACUCCCUCUCCUUCACCUCCCUCUUCGCCUACCGCGGACUCUUCCUCGCCGCCCUCUUCCUCCUCACCGUCCCCCUCGCCGUCCCCGGCGUCGUCUACGCCAGGGAAUGGGCCCACUCCAGCAUCCACCGCAGCUUCAGGAUCACCGCCUCCGGCUUCAACCUCGUGGGGGCAGAGGAGCUGGAGUUGUACAAGGGUCUCCUCUCUGAUGGGGGCGGCGGCAUUGCGCUGCCGACGGAGGAGGAAAAGGAGGGGGUCUGUGACGGCGAAGAGAAGGAACGGGGGUGGUGGUCGAAAUGGGUCAUGAGGAAGGACGGACUUCUGAUAUUAGGGGAGGAGCACGGGGUAAGGCGGCUGCUGGGGAGGGUGGAUUUCUGGCUGUAUUACCUGAGCUACUUCUGUGGGGCGACGGUGGGGCUCGUGUACAGCAACAACGUGGGGCAGAUACUUGAGUCGCUCGGCGGAGGGUCGAACACCACGUCUCUGGUCUCCCUCUACUCCACCUCCUCCUUCUUCGGACGGCUGCUCUCCGCCACCCCUGACUUCUUCCGCGGCCCAUCUUGCAGGAGGGUGUACUUCGCGCGGACGGGCUGGCUCGCAAUGGCGCUCAUCCCCACGCCAGUGGCCUUCUUCCUUCUCGCACUCUCCGGCAGCAUUCCCGCCGUCUACGUCGCAACUGCCCUGAUCGGCUCGAGCUCCGGCUUCAUCUUCGCGGCCGCCGUGUCGGUGACGUCGGAGCUGUUCGGCGUCGACAGCUUUGGCGUCAACCACAACAUCAUCAUCUCCAACAUUCCCCUGGGAUCCCUGCUCUACGGCUCUUUAGCAGCGCUUGUCUACGACGCAAAUGGCACUGCUAGCGACAGUACCGUGACCUGCGACGGUCGCAAAUGCUACGCCUCAACGUUCGUCGUCUGGGGGUGCGUGUCCCUGUUUGGCUUGAUGUGUAAUGUCUUGCUUUAUGUCAGAACGCGAUUUGCAUAUGACAUGUUCGAAAGGACACGACGCGGUAUCGAGUCCGAAUUCUGAUCUUUUGUCUUGUGUUCGGAACACACGGUACCGUGUUUGUCCUGGUCAUCAUAUUCCAUUGUGCCCAUGAGAAAAGGGCAUCAAAAUUUUGCAUCAGAGGUUGAAUUCCUUGAGCAAAUUCCAUUUAUCUUGGAGAGCUUCCUCAUUGACUGGAAUUUGGAGGUUUAUAAGUGGAAUAUACCAACUAGGGUCCUUGUAGAUAGAAAAUGUUCGAGAGGAGGAGCCGCUGACUGUUUUUCUUCAUCUUGGUAUGUAUAUGAUAUGUAAGGGACUGCCUAAGCCUACAUCAUUAUCAAUGAAUAAAAUAAAGAUGAGAGGAAUUGGAUUUGCCUCA